AUGGACUCCAACAACAAAAACUACUCUCCGUCCUCUUCCUCCUCCACAUCCUCCACUCCCCACCCCACCACCGCCACCGCCACCAACACCACCGACCCAGUGCAAUCCUGGUGGGAAUCAGUAUCGAAAGCCCGUUCGCGCAUCCUCUCACUGUCUUCAAUCCUACCUUCUCAUCCUUCUUCGUCUUCGUUCUCGCUUUCCUCUCUCGCUGACUCCGACCGCCCUGCCAUUUCCUUCCUCUCUUCACCAGACGCUUACUCUUUCAUCUCCUCUUCGCUUUCCUCUCCUUAUUCCGGCUCUGGCUCCGAUCCCCUCUGCCAGUGGCUUUAUGAUACUUACCUUUCCUCUGAUCCUAACCUCCGUCUUAUUGUCCUCUCUUUCCUUCCUCUUCUCACUGGCAUUUAUCUCUCCCGGAUCCAUUCUUCUGAUUCCUCUUCAGCUCCUUCCCUAGCUGGCUUCGAAGCUGUUCUUCUUGCCAUCUAUUCGUCUGACGUCAAAUCUCGUGCGGGAAAGCCUGUUGUCGUUCAGAUUCCUCAUCUUUCUAACCCUUCUCUUUAUCAUACUCCUCGAAACAGGCUCCAUAAAUCUCAGGCUCAGUCUCCUUCUGCUGGGGUUUUGUCUCCCCCUCUUGAGCCCCAGGUCGCUGUUAAGUCUACGAAAAGGCCUGUCAUUGUUGGUGUCGCUUUGGACUGUUACUUUAAGCACAUUUCGCAGAUGCCCACUUGGUCUAAAGUCGAAUUGUGCCGGUUUGCGGCCGCCUGGGCUGGACAGGACUGUGCUUGUCAAGAUAAAUUUGACGAAUAUGAUGAUGCUGAUUAUUUUGUUGAGGGAAGGAAUGUAAUGAUAAGCAAUAAUGAGACUGAAGACAACUCGGGGAUCACUGAGUCUGAGUCUAAGGGAGUGAGGAUUCCGCUGCCUUGGGAGAUUUUGCAGCCAUUGUUGAGGAUUUUGGGGCAUUGUUUGUUGGGACCAUUGAACACGCAAGAUGUUAAGGAUGCUGCAUCUGUUGCUGUAAGGAGGUUGUAUGCUAGAGGGUCUCAUGAUUUGGUUCCACAGGCGAUUUUAGCCACUAGGAGUCUAAUCCAGCUUGAUAAGAGAACGCGUGAGGCUGCAAAGGCAGCCGCUGUAAAUACUUCUUCAAAUGCUAACACCCCUGCCAAAGCUAAGAAGCCUGAAAUUCUCUUAGUCUCAAAGUGA